GCUGCUUCCCCGUCCUUGCGAGCCCACACCGCGUGUGCCCUCGGCUCUUGGGGGCAGAUAAACCCCUCCGGGGCGCAGGGAGCCGUGUGGGGCUCGGCGUGGCGGGUGUCGGUCCCCCUGGACGCGGUGGGCAGGCUGAGAGCGGUCCCCUCAUGGCCAUGGAGGGCAGCCCUGAGCCCGGCUGUGUGCUGGGCAUAGACCUGGGCACCACGUCGGUGAAGGCGGCCCUGGUGGCAGGGACAGAGCGGGGGCUGGCGGUGGCACAGAGCUGCUCCCGGGAGACGCAGGCAUACACCGAUAGCCUGGAAGCUGGACCGCAGGGAAUGGAGCAGGAUGUCCAGAGAAUAAUAAGAGCACUGAACGAGUGCCUGGCUGCUCUACCUCAGCAGCAGCUCCAGAGAGUCACCCACAUUGGGAUUUCAGGACAAAUGCAUGGGGUUGUGUUUUGGAAAAGUGAUAAAGGUUGCAAGUGGAGCGAGUGUGGCACAGGCCCUACCUUUGAGCCACAGUUCAUCAGUCACCUGGUGACUUGGCAGGACGGCCGCUGCAGCCCCACCUUCCUCUCCUCCCUUCCUCUGCCACAGUCUCAUGUGAGCCUGGCCUCAGGAUUUGGAUGUGCCACAAUCUACUGGUAUUUGAAGAAGAGUCCAGAUUUUCUGAAAGCUUAUGAUGCAGCUGCCACUAUCCAGGACUACGUGGUUGCCAUGUUGUGUGACCUGAAGAAGCCACUCAUGUCUGUCCAGAAUGCUGCCAGCUGGGGAUAUUUUAAUUCCAGAAGCAAAAGCUGGAAUACUGACAUAUUGGAAAAAUCCGGCUUUCCUGUUCACUUGCUUCCAGAGGUGGGAGACCCUGGAAGCAUUGCAGGCAGGACAGCCCGUGCAUGGCAUGGAAUACCCAAAGGAGUAAAAGUAGGAAUUGCUCUGGGAGAUUUCCAGUGCUCUGUUUAUUCCUGUCUGACUGAGAGGACUGAUGCAGUUCUUAAUAUCAGUACCUCUGUUCAGCUGAGCGUCUCAAUGCCCCCGGGUUUCCAACCUCCAGAGACACCAGAUCCUUCCUCAGCUGUUACUUAUUUUCCCUACUUCAGUGGGGACUACUUGGCAGUGGCAGCGUCACUCAACGGGGGCAACGUGCUGGCAGCGUUUGUGGGCAUGGUGGCACAGUGGAUGGAGGAGCUGGGACUUCAGGUCCAGGAAUCUGCCAUCUACACAAGGAUAAUCCAAGCAGCCUUGGCCCAAAACCACAGCGAGCUCUCAGUCCAUCCAACCAUAUUUGGAGAGAGACACCUUCCCGAGCAGUUGGGAUCCGUGACCAACAUCGGUGCCUCUGAGCUGUCCCUGGGCCGUGUCACCAGAGCUGUGUGCCGUGGGAUCAUCCAGAACCUCUGCUCCAUGUUCCCUGUGCAGCGCCUGACGGACACGGGCGUGAGGAGGAUCCUGGGCAGCGGCUCUGCCCUGGCCAGGAAUGAGGUGCUGAGGCAGGAGGUGGAAAGGACUUUUCCCUUCCCCGUGGUUUACGGGAAGGAUGUCGAUGCUGCUGUGGGGGCUGCCAUGGUGAUGAUCCAUAGGAAAUAAAGGGGUUGUUUGGAACCACCUGAGAUGGAGCUUCUGUUUUCUUCCUGGCUGUGCAGUGUUUCUUUUCACUUCAUCCCAUGUGCAAUCUCACUCAUUACAGAGGGGGAAAAAACCCUGCAUUUAAUGUCCAAUUCUCCUUCUGGGUCUGCACAUUUUGGUGCUCUGUCAUUCCCAUUUGUGAAAUGAGCAGUAAUUACCACAUUACAUUUGUCUGAGUGAUUGGGAGAGAUCCAUUAACUUUCUGCAUAAAAUGGUACUUCACACGAGGCUCAUUUUCCUGGUAGGAAUAUGUUUGGAAGGCCUGGGAGAGAAGAGUAGCUGUAACUUCAUCUGAUGCUUUCAUCAGAGACUUCUUGUCCUUAAGCUGUCUCACAAUAUACAGACAUAUCAGCCAGCAGCCCAGGGUGUCAGCCUUGUCUGGGGGGGUUUGGUGGCUCCUGCACAGAGCAAAUGCCAGUUUUCAUGGAUUGCAUGUUGUCUCCGUAAAAGAUGGAAUGAUACCUUGGCUUGAACACUGACAAAAUAAUGAAAAUAAACCAUGGAAGGUUGUUUCUA